GAGAGAGAGAGAGAGAGAGAGAGAGAGAGCGUGCUCCACAAGCUUCCUUCUGCUGUGACUGCCGGGCCAGCCCACAGAGGGCACAGCAUGUGGGAACUCCGGUCCAUAGCCUUCUCCAGGGCUGUGUUUGCCGAGUUCCUGGCCACACUCCUCUUCGUCUUCUUCGGCCUCGGUUCGGCCCUCAACUGGCCACAGGCCCUGCCCUCUGUGCUGCAGAUUGCCAUGGCCUUCGGCCUGGGUAUUGGCACCCUGGUGCAGGCUCUGGCCCACGUCAGCGGGGCUCACAUCAACCCUGCCGUGACCGUGGCCUGCCUGGUGGGCUGCCACGUCUCCUUUCUGCGGGCUGCCUUCUACGUGGCUGCCCAGCUGCUGGGGGCUGUGGCAGGGGCCGCUCUGCUCCAUGAGAUCACACCACCCGACAUUCGAGGGGACCUGGCUGUGAACGCACUCAGCAACAACACAACAGCAGGCCAGGCUGUCACCGUGGAGCUUUUCCUGACCCUGCAGCUGGUGCUCUGCAUCUUCGCUUCCACAGAUGAGCGUCGUGGAGACAACCUGGGCACCCCUGCCCUCUCCAUCGGUUUCUCCGUGGUCCUGGGGCACCUCCUGGGGAUCCACUACACUGGCUGCUCCAUGAAUCCCGCCCGCUCCCUGGCUCCUGCUGUUGUCACCGGCAAGUUUGACGACCACUGGGUCUUCUGGAUCGGACCCCUGGUGGGCGCCGUCCUGGGCUCCCUCCUCUACAACUACGUCCUGUUCCCGCCGGCCAAGAGCCUGGCCGAGCGCCUGGCGGUGCUCAAGGGGCAGGAGCCCGACGCCGACUGGGAGGAGCGCGAGGUGCGGCGGCGGCAGUCCGUGGAGCUGCACUCGCCGCAGAGCCUGCCGCGGGGCAGCAAGGCCUGAGCGCACCGCCCGC